CCUUGGGAUCCUCACGAACUUCCACUAUGAGUAUCACACAACUAAGCUGGCACGCCCUGCUCCUAGCAGGCUGCGUCUCAGCCAUCGACUUCAACAUCACCAAAACAGACACCAUCAAAACCGCCGCAGCCACCCAACUCCAAAACCUCCUCAGCACCGCCGACUUUAACGGCACCAUCAACCCCAUCUACUCCACCGGCUACCCCGAAGGAAUGCUCUACAUGUCACUAAUCCCCUACUGGAACGCCACCAAAAACACCACCUACAACGAACACAUCAUCGCCCGCAUGCACAACCAAUCCGACACCAUCUACAGCGGCGUCUGGGAAGAAGUCGAUGUCCUGACUAGCGAGUUCGUCGCUUGGGGUCUCGCUGCCGUGACGGCCGCCGAGGUGGACUUUCCCGGAACUCCGAGCAAUUCGUCCUGGUUGGCGUAUGCGAAGAAGGUCGCGUAUACCCUCGACCUCACUAUCGACCAGGGUUCGGUGUGCCAUGGGGGCUUGUAUGAUGAUGAGAGCGACGAACAUGGGACGCAAUUCGACUGGUUCGACAACGGGGCGUAUUUUCAGCUGGUGUCGCGCAUUGCGGCGGCCAGUUCGGGCUCUGAUCAGGGGACGUACGCGGAGUAUGCGGAUAGUGCGUGGUCGUGGAGUGAGACGAAUGGGAUGGUGAAUACCACGGCUUGGUCGGUGAGUGAGAUGGUGUCGAAUAAGACGGCGAAUGCGUCGAGUUGUGCGGCCACGAGUACCUCCCGGUGGACGUGGGCGUAUGGCUUGUACCUUAGUGGUGCGGCGCAUAUGUAUCAGGCGACCAAGUCGGAAGUAUGGCUCAACCGGACCGAAGGCCUACUCAACAGCACGCUGGACACAUUCUUCAUCAACGACAUCCUAGUGGAAGUGGGCUCAGACAGUUCCAGCCUUGGAACAGCCGAACAAUCCACCCUCUCUGCUCUUCCCUUCAAGGGAUUCCUAGCCUUGUGCCUUGCGUCCGUGGCAAACCUAAUGCCGGACUGGGCGGACCGGAUUACACCCUUGUUAGCGGACACGGCCGUGGCCGUGGCAGAGCAAUGCAAUGGCACGAGUAACCAUACUGUCUGUGGAUCGGACUGGGGGGAGAGCACGUACAACAAUGAUCCGUCGUUUGAGAAUACCUGGAAUGCGGCCAACGUGUUUACUUCGAAAUUGCUCCUGCCGGAGAGCAAAUCGACGAACAGCACCAGUGCUAGCAGCGGGAAGUCUAGUGGCGCGACGUCCAAGAAAAAGAGCGACAAGGGCAUUUCGAAAGCCGUCAUCAUCGGCGCUGUGGUCGGGUGCGUGGCUGCCGUGGCGUUAAUCGGUGCGGGCAUCUUUUUCGCGCUGCAGCAAAGGAAUCGCAGAGUCCCGGUUCCGAUCAGGGAGCCGUAUGCGCCGUACGAGCCGGUUCGAAGGAUGGGAAACCCUGCGGAGAUGGCGCAGGGGGGUUAUCGUCCGGAUUUUGAUAAUAGGGGGUUUGCGGAACCGUAUGGUAGGGUCGAUGGGGGGAAUGUUCCUCAUGAAAUGGAUUCAGCUGAGACGUCGAAGCUCGUGGGUCGGACUUAUCAGUCGCCAUACGAGAUGCGUUAG